AUGACAUAUUCGCACAUGCACUAACCAAAUAGUCGGCAUAAAUCAACGCUUUCGCUUAAUACUUUUGAAAUAAUAUUUUCUUAAGAGCACUUAAAAUAAGUAAUUAUCGUCAACGAGUGUUUAAUAUAUUAGUACAUUAUUUGUUUUCAGUUAUUGUGCUUCAGGCUCGCGAAGGACCAGUGCAAAUUCCCUCUUCUUGUCGUUAUUGCUCCAUUUUUUGCAUAUACUAAAAUCGCUCAAAACAGGAAAGAGGCAGCAUUACAUUUACUUUGCUAGCUUAGCAGUUUUAUACCCUCAGGGUGAUAAGCUUGGUGGGAGCGCGAAAGCAAAACAGCGAAUGACUGAUAAACGUUCUACCUGUGCCAGCCACUUGACGGCAGAUUUUUGCAUAAAAGCCCUUGCAGCAGAUCGACAGUUUCGAGCGACGAACACACAUCAUCCGAAAUCAUAAAAGCUGCUUGAAGAUUUAGCAACAGAUUUAAAUUCAAAAAAUACGAAUAUUAAGAAAAGGACUUAAAAAUGGGUAGCACAUUUAACCACACCGAGUUUCCUAAGGAUCUAACGCGGCCAUUGUUGACUAGCUCGAUGAGAAACCACGUAGUACACUUCCCACAAGUUGCGGAGAACAUUAACAACCAAGCCACUCACAACCGAUCCACUCACACUCAAGAUGAAAAAAAUAAGCUUCCCAAUACAUUGUCGCAAAUAAUGGAUGAUUUUAGAGGCAAAGUGCUUAACAAAAUUUCAUUAAAAAAAGAACUUAUAGCAGUGCGGCAGUUACGCAAGAAUCUGGAAAGAUUAACUAAAGAAAAUAUGAACUCGAAAACACAGCAGCUAGCACUUCAAAAAACACUCGAUUUGACAAAAUCCUCCAAUGAAAGGAAAGCUAAUCAAUUACUAGGACGGGAGACCCCGAAGGUGUCGCCAAUAAAAUAUGAAAUGCCAACUGGUGGUAGUGCAACAACACUAACACCGGGACUUAGUCGAGCACAUAAUAGACUAGUUGAAAUACCGUUGCAACCGCAACCACAGCAAGGUGGUUCAACACAAACUACAACAACAACUGCACAGAUUUGCGCAGGAAAACGCGCACUGCCAGCGCAAAGCAAUCCACCUUCAUUCAAUCCGAGCAGUGAUAAUGUCGAAGAGCAACAACAAAAGAAAAUAAAGGUGAAUAUGUAUGUGAUUAAAGAGCGCCUCGACGAACGCACCAUAGUUGUCGAUGGUACCGAAUUAGUAGUAAUCGGAGCAAAUAACACCAGCGUGUUGAAGGAAUUUUUACUGGAACUAAAUUGGAACAACACAGGGCCGGCAAUAACACGGAAACUGUUAAGUCGUAUAUUCGGACAUAAGAUACUCGCUACGCACACGUUGACCGGCAGGCCUUCGCCGGCGUUUGUGAAUAUGAACAAACCCGAAAAAGGCAAAUUGAAUCAGCUGAUCGUACAAGAUAUAAUCGAGUUUAUGACGAUUGUGACAGAUAUGUCCGCCCGGGAUGUGAAAGCAUCCAUUGCGUCGAAAUGUGCAGACGAGUGCAAGAAGCGACGGCACCGUCUUUCAAUAAUAGCCCUUGCCCCACCAGAAGAAAAUAUUACAAUCAGACAAGAACCUAUGUUUGCAGUUUCAGCUGCAAGAAGUGUCAUACGCUUUGCGGGAGUUACAACAUCAGAUUCGUAUGAAAGAAAUGUUAUAACGCAACCAGAAGCUGAACAUUUAGAUUUGACCGAAAGAAAUGUUGUGAUGGAAUGGGAAGCUGCGUCUUCAGAUUUGACCGAAAGAAAUGUUGUGAUGGAACCGGAAUAUAUGGAAAUUUGAGAUCAACACGCACACAAAUUCAGACACAAACGGAAGAAAAACCAAACCAUGUUUCCGUUAUUUGUUUUUUAUUUGAAGUUAGCAAGUUAAGUUCAGUGAGUUAACCAGUUUUAGAAAAAACUCCAAAAAAAAAAUAAAUAGG